CCCGAAAAUGUAAGAACUAUUUAUAAAAAAAUAAUUUUAGGUCAUGUGGAGUUAUUAUCUAUGUUUGCAUUAACAAAGCGAUGCCCUUUGAUGAUACCAACGUAAAACGUCUUCACGAACAGCAAAUCAGCCGCAGAUGGAAAUUUCGCUCGAAAGUGGUAGAUUCUCUAUCAGAGCAGGUAAAGCAACUGGUAAUUCAUCUACUUGAGCCUGAUACAAAUAAGCGUUGGAGAAUUGAUCAAGUGGUCGACUCAGAUUGGAUAGCUCUAGACCCAAGAUUCAAGGUUCCCACUAAAGCAGAAGAGAAUGCAUUGGCACAGGCUCUUAUUGAAAGACGGCAAUACCUUGAUGGUAUAAGUAGAAAAGGGAAGGAUCCGGUGAAGUCCAAAGGAGAAAUUGACGACAUGAAAGUCCUUAAACCGACCACACAUGAGGAUCAUUUGCCAAGAGUUGACUUACAGAGUACCGUUACUGUAGCUAAUGAAUAAAAGUACUUAACAUUU